AUGACUACCCCCAGGCGGAAGGCAUGCGUCGAAUGUCGACAACAAAAGAUUCGAUGCGAUGUCGAACAACACAAAGUGCCACAUGACCCUUGCGGCCGCUGCAAGAAGAUGGGUCUCGAGUGCAGAAUCUUGCCAACAUCGACUAGGAAUCUUAGGCAGACCAAGGCUGAGAUGCGCAGAGAACUUGAAGAGCUUCGAUGGAGUAUGAGACACAACCAACCGCCAGGCUCAGCAACAGACUCUAAUUACCCGCAUUCGAAUGCAUCGCCGAACAUGGACCUGGACCGCGAUCAAUCAGCCUACUCAGAUCCCUCAGGCCAGACUGAUGGGUCAUAUUCACUUUCCCCAGGGCCCGAAUCACGGCCACCGACGAGGAAAGGCUCUGCUUCCAACGGCACGAUCCCACGCAUGCUGGAAGGUUACGUUCUCGAUCCCAAGCGAAUCGACGAUUGCUUCAUGCUAUUCUUUACACAGUAUCAUCCUUUGUUUCCCAUUCUGGAUGCGUCGCUAGGGCCAAACGACUACUACGACUUGUCGCCAUUUUUAUUUUGGACCAUCAUCGUGAUUGGAUCGAGACGAUAUGCUGACGAUCCAAAUAUCCUCGACAAAUCGAGCCAGCUUAUAACUCCUCUAGCUUUCUCUUCGAUUGCCCUACGCUCGUCGCCAAUGCCGGUGAUCCAGGGCCUCCUGCUUCUCUGUACUUGGCGGUUACCCACAAACUCCAUGUAUAAAGACAUGACCCACCUCAUGUGUGGAUCCGCAGUCCAUUUGGCCACCCAGAUUGGCCUGCACAUUUCAGGCGUCGGACAAGACUUCGCCAGGAUGCCCGUCAAGAAAGACCUGGAGCAGAAGGUCUUUCGAGCAAGGCUGUGGCUGUGCUGCGUUGUUGUGUCCAUAAGGACAAGUUGCGCAGAAGGGAUCCCGCCUCUCGCAGAGUCGUUCUUCGACUGUGACGAGCGAGAUCGAGAGGAUAUUAACCCGUACCUGCCAACUGAUCUUCAAUUCCUUCACAAAGUCUACAUCACCCUGUUGCGCGCCAUCGUCGCAAUGGGAAAGACGAAUCUCCAGUCGAUCAAGUGCGACGUCCGCGUUCUACGAUCAGUCAUCAGUAUUUUCGACUCUCAACUUCUUAGCUUGGCACCGUCCGCGCCAAGUGAACUAGACACCAUGCAACUUAACUGUGCCCGUAUCCACGUGAUGGCUUUCCAUUUCUUCGCCCACCCCAUGAACCCUGAUGUGGACGGCUUGUCACGGUUUUACUCACAUUGCAUCUCUACGAUCAACACCGCAACUGCGAUGGCUCAGACGGUCAACUUCGCAUCAGUAAGCCAAUCAUUUGUAGACCGGACAAUUUGUCUCGCUGGGUUCUCUAUCCUGAGGCUUGUCAGAAGCCCCCUUGCUCAGCACCUGGAUCUUACUGCUGGAGAGCAAGCCUAUUUCCAGGCGGUAGAGUUCCUCAAGAAUGUGUCUAUGCAAUCUGGAGACGUCGAAAUACGCACUGCCCUGAUCAUGAACGAACUCUGGAACAGCAACAAGGUUUUCCGCAGGAGGGACGGACGUAUCGAGUCGCUCGGACUGAGACUGCGGACCAGGCUCAGCAUGAGUGUCACUUACGACAUGUUUUGGUAUUGGAGAGAGGAAUUCAACCAAAUGCAGAAUCCGUACAAUGGAGAUGAUGCCAUCAAUGCGCCCAACGAAACAACGCAGCCGGGUACAUCUCGUAAGCAAAUCUCUUUUCAGUCUUUCGGACCUCAGCUAAUACUGCAUGAAGCAUUCGUUCAACACCAGAGCCAAGAUCCGAAAAUCCCAGUGUCAGCCUCAGCACCAACAAGUGUACUCACAGCGCAGCAGCCUCUCACCAAGUUCGACCCGAGCUUGAUCAAUCCUCAGUUGCAGGUCGAUCCUUCAGCAGGGAUGAGCUUCGAUACCUGGGACGGAUCUGACUAUAGCGUCCCACCGAUGUUGGACCAGUUUCCAGAUUACGAUUGGGCAGCUGGAUUUGGAUUCUCGAAUAGCGACCUCCCCAGCGUUCCUUUGGGCCCCUUAGGUGGACCGUUGAUGCCACAGAAUGUUGGCAACAUGGGCUAUACUUUUGGCUGA